CGCACAGUCUCUAUGGCAACCUCUGACAGCCAGGAGACAUGACGUCCUAGAAAGUUGUCGGAAGUACACCCUGUGAUCCAAGAGACAGGCACAUAGCGUGCACCACUCCUUUCAUGGCUAGUGAUCAACAGCUCGAGUCUGAUAACAAUUCAGAUGGGGAGUAUCAAGAUGAUCUAGACCGGCAGGCACAGGAUUAUGUGUCUAGGGUAUUGGGUGCACCAGCUCAUCAGGGAACACGCCCGCAUCCUCUACCAGACGCUCCAUGCCUGCAGCUAAGAGAUGAUCCCCAGCAUUUGGAGCGAGAUCUUAAGAGGUCACCUGUGAAUGGGGAGGAUGGGAAAAUAUCUGCUCUUCUUCUUCUCCCACUAGAGUUGAUUUUACAGAUCCUGUCUCAGUUGGAACCCCGGUUCAUCAUCAGUGUACUUCCAUUAGUGUGUCGAACAUUUAGAGAUAUUGUGAAUGAGGAAGUUGCUUGGAGGAUACGAGUACAGAAAAGGGUUGGUGCCAGAUUUCCAGUGGUUGAACAAGAUGAUUUUGAUUGGCCAAGUGCUUGCAUUGAUCUAGAGGAGCAUCUCUCUCGUUGGUCAGACAAUGGGAAGAAGGCAAUACAUUACUCACUGGCUGAUGGUCACUUUGCAUCUGUAGAUGACGUGCUGCUGCUUCAGGGGGGAGCUUUGUGUGCAUCUGGAUCUCGGGAUAGAAAUGUCAGUCUUUGGGACCUGAGAAAACUUGAUCAAGGCAUAGACAAAGUCACUGUCAAGGCUUUAGGGACAGAGAAAACUGGCACCCACAAGGGCUGGGCCUGGUGUCUGGCUUCCUGUGGGAAUCAUCUCUGUUCUGGAUCUUGGGACAGUACAAUGAAGAUUUGGGACAUUGAAACUGAAGGACAACAGAUGGGAGUGAUAAGGGGGAAAGCUGCUGUACUGUGCUUGGCAUUCUUGCCAGAUAUCUUGGUGGCUGGAUCCUAUGACAAGAGAGUUAGCGUGUAUGACCCAAGAGCUUCCAGUCCCCUGGUGAAGUCCCGAAAGAUUCACUGUAGUCCAGUUCUGUCUAUAGUGGCUGAUGAUCGUCACAUUGUGUCCGGAAGUGAGGACCGAACCCUUGUGGUGUUUGACCGCAGGGCUAAUGCAGUAUUACAGAGGAUGCCGCUGGAUAAUUACAUGUUUUGUAUGUCAUAUGAAGCACCGCAGCUAUGGGCUGGAGACAACCAGGGUCUGAUCCAUGUGUAUGGGAGUCAGGGAGGGACAUUUCAGCACUUGCAGUGUUUUGAUGUCGGCCAUGCUUCCCAGGUCACUGGUAUCUGGCAUUCUGAGGGGGCUCUCUACACUACCUCAACUGACAAAACAAUGAAGGUUCACAUUCCUACAGAUCCCCCCAAGACUUUGUGUACACAGACACAUUGCAAUGUGGUGAAUGGGGUCAGUGUGGCUGGACGCACAGUUGCUGCAGCCUCAGGGGGGCAAACAGUAGAAAUCUGGAAAUUCAGUGAAUAAAAUUAUUAAAUCGCCAAUCAGAUUGUUCUGACUGAAAUUAUGAAGAGUAAAAUGAAAUCGAGCAGAAGAAAACUGUUGUAUAAAGGAUGACAAACAGAAGAUGGCAAUAAAAUAGCAAGCAACCUGCCUUCUAUGGGUUUUUGAUGGAUCUUCUAGACCAAAGUCAACAUGGAUGUAAUCUGCUAUGGAAUCUAGAACCUAUUUGGCUAUUAUUUUGUUCAAAAUGGAUUAUUAAUUGCUAUUAUUCUAUGAUAGCACCAUAAAUAUAUAUAAUGUA